AUGAACAAUCAUAUAAAUCCAACACAGGACUUGAAUCGCUACUUCCAAGCAAAGCGCGAAAUUCUUUUGCCGAAGAAGCGAUUUGCUUUCUCUAGCCGUGCUAAACCAGAUAUUCCCUGUACUAAUCCAUCUUCCAGUGGAGCACAUUCUCAACACCUGCAGCUACUUAUUGAGCCAACUUCCUCUAAUGUUACCGACCAACUUGCAUCCUCCAUUGCUGAGGCCCAAGAACUAGAUUCUCGGUUCGCAUUGGUCGACAUAAAAGAUCGGCGUGACCUUCGAAUCCCUGUCCGGCCCACUGAAACGGCCCUUUGUCCAGUCAGCACUAAUCUUGAUGAUUCCAAGCCUGCAGCCAUAUUUUUGGCUGACCUUAUCGACUGCCGAGUAAUCAUUGAGACAGACAAAUAUUGCUUUGGUAGUCUCACUGCUCGAGGCCUACGUAACUCUCGCAUCGUAGUCAAGCUUGGCACCACCAGAGGUAUCCUUGGUCCCAUCUGGUUGGACGAGUGUCACAACUGUGACCUCCUUUUAGCCGGACGCCAGAUGCGGCUACAUCGAGUGCAUUCUUCUCGUUUAGCAAUUUCCACUACCAGUCAUCCCAUUAUAGAGGACUGCAGUGGCCUUCAGAUUGCUCCUUACUAUUCAGAAUCUCUGCAGCAACAGCAGCUUAUUAGGUCUGAUGAUGAAGGCGACGGUUUUGCCGCAGACGAGGCUGAUUUAGCCUCAAAAACUGCGGCGUGCGAACCGAUGCCUCUCAAUUUAUGGAAGGAGAUCGAGGACUUUAGUUGCCCCACUCGGCGUCUCAACACGUCAACAGGGUCGCCUAACUGGUGCUUGUUACCAAAAACGGAAUGGGAUGGCUUGUUUUGUGAUGAUGAUGAGGAAAAGAAAUUUGCAGAAGCGGGUUCUUAUUGA